CUCUGGCGUGUCGCCUACCCACCUACCGGUUGAGUGGUUCCUCCACAUCGUGGUGACGUCCAUUUACCUUGUCCGUGCGGUCCUGCCGAGACUCAACCAUGCUGAGCUUAGCAAGCCAUGAACCCGUUGCGGCGCCGCGAAGAGAGCCCAAGGGAAGCUUGUUGCCUUCGCCGAUGUGCCUGGUCCGAGCGUUCGAUAAUGAUCUUCGAACAUCCGUGGAGACGGGCGAUCUUGCGCGAGCGAGAUGAUUGGGCAGACAAGGUCGUGGGCACAAUGGCGCGAUGCGAUUCGUGCGCACUAACUCAAGGCCGUCGGCAGUCGCUGAGAGAAGGUUUACGAACGGCACGGGUGGCAGCAUUUCUGCAGCGCUUGAGCAACGCUUAUGCAGGAACUCAGUCGAGGCACCCAGGGCUAUGCGUAGAAGUCUGCUCGCAUGGCUGGCUGUUGCGAACUAUCCUUGUUGUUAGAGCGCUAUUAUCUUAUGGUCCAGCAUAGCAACACGGUGAACACGCAGCACGCCUUAGCACAAGCGAAGCACACAAUCAUCGUUGCGGACAGCGCUCUUUGUGAUAGCGCUGCAGUUUGGCUUGCUGUGGGACGACGUUGCAUCGGCGGGCAGUUCCUGGCGCAUGCGCUACAGCGGACUAAGGUCCCAUCGUGGUUUGUGGGAAUAGAAACACCCACCGAGUUAGGCAAUAAGAUGCCAAGACCAGAGUUUUCACUUUCCACGACACU